AGGGAGGCUCUUCUGGGCUUCUGACGUUGACGGUAUGCGUAAAUCUGAUUUGUUGGCAGCGAGCUGGGCGUCCGAGAGGAUUACACCAAAAAUAAAUAAAAAAAUAGACAGCAAGUAAAACUCUCGACCCGACAAAUGACCAUUCACAUCGAAUCCAGACUGCAGCUAAGGAGUAACCCACGCCUUGUCCUAGUUGAUAAGUAGCUUUAGGAGAAAAAACAUCUGCCAGUAUUUGCUCAGGAAAACAGCGGACUCUAAGCGAGCAACGAUUAUAUGGAACUACCAUCUGCUCGAAAAGCGAGAACGUAAUACGUUUUGGGGAGACAACUCAGCGGCAACAAGAGGAUGAAAUGAGAAAGAGAAAAAAAGUAUUCAGCUUGAAGUUGGAAUACAACCCAAUUGGACGGAUAUUGUUUAUGUUGCUCUUACAAUUGAUUCGGGAAACACUGAAAAAGUCUAAAAAGACUGGGAAACACACAGGCAGGUUACCAGUAUGCUAUGAGAUUCUAACCCUGUCCCUGAAGAAGAAGAUGGCUGCAGAACUGUACCCUGCGACCACCAAUCUAACCAACAACGGUACUACGGUGACCGCCAGUGACAAGAAAAGCGAUGUGCAGGUCACCCAGUCAACCACUGCUGCAACAACACCGACCACCCAGCAAAACAUAAACAACAACAACAUCGAUCCUCCCAGCUGGCAGUCCUCCCACCCCACGCUACGGGAGAGGAAUGCCUUGAUGUUCAACAAUGAACUCAUGGCCGACAUACAUUUCAUUGUUGGUCCCCCUGGUGAAUCUCAGAAAGUACCAGUACACAAGUAUGUGUUGGCAGUGGGUAGCUCGGUCUUCUGUGCCAUGUUUUACGGGGAUCUUGCAGAGGAGGAGUCCGAAAUCCAUAUCCCAGACGUGGAACCUGCUGCUUUUCUAAUUCUGCUGAAUUACAUGUACAGUGAUGCGAUAGACCUGGAGGCGGACACCGUGCUGGCUACCCUGUAUGCUGCCAAGAAGUACAUUGUACCAGCCCUGGCCAAGGCCUGCGUCACCUUCCUGGAGACCAGCCUGGAGGCCAAGAACGCCUGUGUGCUUCUGUCCCAGAGCCGUCUGUUUGAGGAGCCUGAGCUGACACAGCGAUGCUGGGAGGUGAUUGACGCCCAGGCUGAGCUGGCCCUGGGCUCCGAGGGCUUCUGUGAGAUCGACUUGCAGACCCUGAAGAUCAUCCUGCAGAGAGAGACCCUAAACAGCAAGGAGGUGGUGAUCUUUGAUGCCGUGAUGAGCUGGGCCACAGCUGAGUGUAAGAGGCAAGGACUGAGGGCAACCACCCACAACAAGAGAUCUGUCCUGGGCAAGGCACUCUACCUGGUGCGCAUCCCCACUAUGACCCUGGAGGAGUUCGCUGAUGGGGCGGCCCAGUCAGACAUCUUGACACUGGAGGAGACGCAUGACAUUUUCCUGUGGUACACAGCGGCCACCAAGCCCAAACUGGACUUCCCACUGGCACAGAGGCAGGGCUUGGCGCCCCAGAGGUGCCACCGCUUCCAGUCGUCAGCCUAUCGGAGCAACCAGUGGCGCUACAGGGGCCGCUGUGACAGCAUCCAGUUUGCAGUGGACAAGCGGAUCUUUAUCGCUGGACUGGGUCUGUACGGGUCAAGUGGCGGAAAGGCCGAGUACAGUGUCAAGAUUGAACUGAAGCGGCAAGGGGUGACCCUAGCACAGAACCUGACCAAGUUUGUGUCGGACGGAUCAAGCAGUACAUUUUCUGUGUGGUUUGAACACCCAGUUCAAGUGGAGCAGGAUGCCUUUUAUACGGUGAGUGUCGUGCUGGACGGGAAUGAGCUGAGCUAUUUUGGCCAGGAGGGCAUGACGGAGGUGCAGUGUGGAAAAGUGACUUUUCAGUUCCAGUGCUCCUCGGACAGUACCAACGGGACUGGGGUGCAGGGGGGACAGAUCCCUGAGCUGGUGUUCUAUGCAUAAGCUGGACUGGUCAUAAAAGGAGAGGUAGAGAACAUAUAGACCAUACUCUACAUCCAUAUGUUCCAGCCUUAUAAAUAAUGUAGCAUUAAGACACUAGAGUGUCAGACUAAACAAAAUACUAUUUUUAAGUCAAGGAACGUUUUAUCUUAUUUAAAAAAAUGUUAUUUGUAUUAUUUUAAUUAACGCUGCAAAAAGCAGUCCCUUGUAAAAAGUCAUAUUGCACUUGUGGACAGCCUCUGCAAUGAUGUUGUUUUGUACAUAAAAUACAGUUAAAUGGUUUGCAGCUUGAUGCUGAUCAACCCUGAUGUUCCUGUUUGAGAGCUUACGAACCUGCAGAAAAUCAUAAACAUUUUGUGAGAUAA